CGGCCUUCUCUGUCUAUUUGUACCCCGGAUAUCUUCAUAUAUUAUCUGCUUUCUGGAGUCAUUUUGUUGUGUUGUGGCUGUAUCCUUGAACUAAAGGCGUCAAACCACGGAGCUGUUGGCAUGCCGACCCCAGUCGAAACCCCAGGAGCCCCCCGGACGUUGAAGGAACUCGAGCAGCUGUUAUCGAAUGACAUCAAGGUUAAGGUCGCAGGUGUUGACGUGGAUGGCAUCCUGAGAGGGAAGUACAUGUCAAAGCAAAAGCUUAUUAGUGCAGUCGAAGGAGACGGAUUCGGGUUUUGUAGCGUUAUUUUUGGAUGGGAUAUGCAUGACUCUGUGUAUUCCAAAGAGCUCCUAAUAUCCAACAAAGCUACUGGAUACCGUGAUCUCCUCGCCAAGAUCGACUUGACAACGUACCGCCGUAUACCCUGGGAAGGCGAUGUGCCCUUCUUUUUUGUCUCCUUCCUCGAUCCCGAUACUAGAGAGCCGGUGUUUGCAGACCCGAGAAGCGUCAUCAAGAAGGCCAUGGAUCAGGCGUCUGCAAAAGGAUGGCAAUGCAUGGCCGGUGCCGAGUAUGAGUAUUUCAACUUCAAAGAGACCCCUCAGUCAUUAGUAGACAAGAAAUACUCCGAACUAUCCCCAAUGACGACUGGGAUGCACGGAUAUUCAUUACUGCGCACAACAUUGAACCAAGAUUAUUUUACAAAACUAUUCGAUGAAAGCGUUAAAUUUGGUAUUGAUAUUGAAGGCCAUCACACAGAGACUGGUCCAGGUGUUUUUGAGACGGCAUUGGCCUAUACCUCCGCUCUACGUAUGGCCGACAACGCAAUACUGUUCAAGCUCUUGGCCAAGAGUGUGGGCAUGCAGCUUGGCGUACUGCCAACAUUCAUGGCAAAACCGUGGGCAGGACUCCCUGGAUGUAGUGGACACAUUCACGUCUCUCUCCGCGAUGUUGAUGGCAAGAACAUCUUCUCAUGGCAAUCGAAGGAACCCCGGCGCGAUGCUGCGAAUCCAGACGUGCAGUUUCUGAGCAAGGAGGGGGAGUGCUUCCUGGCAGGCGUUCUCGACGGAUUGCCUGAUGUUAUUCCCAUGCUUGUACCCACUAUCAACGGAUAUAAGCGUUUAAUCGGGGGAGAAAACUUCUGGGCGCCUAAUGCAGUAACUUACGGCUACGAUUCUCGUGCAGCAUCAAUCCGCGUCCUCGCACCUCCCGGUGUUCCUGCUACAGCUACAAGAUUCGAGAUUCGCGUACCAGGAGCGGAUAUGAAUCCAUACUUCGCAUUCUCUGCUAUCUUCCUACUCGGCUUGCGGGGUAUCGAGAAGAAGAUGGUGCUGCACUGUCCCCCUCUGUCGGAUCCGUCGGUCACUAGAGAGAACGUGACGAAGUUGCCAAUGAGCCUUGAAGCCGGUGCCGAGCGCAUGAUGCGGCGAGGGAGCGUAGCGAGGGAGAUAUUAGGUGACAAAUUCGUCGAUCACUUUGGUGGAACUCGGAUGCACGAGGUUGCCCUCUGGAACGAGGCGGUCACGAACUGGGAAGUGGAACGGUAUUUCGAACUCGUUUGAUUAUGUAACUAGUAACUGUACAUCCGUUCAAGUGAUCUCCUUUCAGGCAUGCGCUGCGAGAGGGGCGCCAUCAACUUCAGGCAACAUGUUACCAGUGAGCUCUGUUGCGCCAAAGAAUCGUGAUCGGCCACACUCUGCCUCGUCGCGCGGCAGCACAUCUCCACGGUUCAUCACGAUACCAAUGUAUUUUCGAUCCUUACCUCGGAAGAGUCGCGUGUAAAACCGGACAUAACCAGGCGUAAGAGCGUACAAGGUGUGAUCACGGCCCAUCCCAACAUGUUGGCCUGGGUGAAAUUUUGUCCCUCGUUGUCGAACUAUUAUGCAACCUGGAUGCACUUCCUGGUCAGAAAACUUUUUCAGGCCUAACCGUUUUCCUCCUGACCCUCCAUGAUUCCGUGAGCUACCUGCCGCUCGCUUUGUUGCUGUUCGUACUUGGAUGAAACCUGGUCUGGUCCACCAAAAGUUAUUUAUAGCCUUACGGGCGAGUUCGAACAUGGCAGUCGUCGGUUUUGCAACGUGUUAACAAUGAAUCCGAGCGGCGCCUGAAUAUCAGGAGGGGAUGGGAUGAGACGCCAACAGUUAGGAAAUCUGUGAUAGAAGUGCAGCCUGAGAUGAAUACGUGACUGGUAAAU